AUGCAGCACUUGAAGCACUUUGUCGCCCUUCUCGGCGUCUUGCUCUUCCUCUCAAGCGAUAAUGUAGUUGAAGCUCGCCGCCACAAUCGCCGACAAUCUCCUUGCACCCCCUCUUCGGUCCCGGGCUCCUCUCUACCACCCUCCACCACUUCCAAGCCACCUUCCACCACUUCCAAGCCUCCUCCAGUGUCCACAACCCCCUCUACAACCUCAACCAAAACAUCCGCUCCUACCUCUCCACCAUCUUCUCCCGGUCCACCAAACCCACCUGUCUGCAACAUGCAAUCACCCGGAAUUUGUCAACUUGCCACUAAAUCUAACUUCCCCACUAGACCCCUCGUUCAAGAUGCCUGGAUCUUCAACCCAUCCUGCAAUGUUAUCGGUGGAACAACUAACAUUCCUUUGUAUAAGACAUUCUUUUUGGCAUCGCAAUUGCCUUAUGGAGUUGUGAUGAUAGGUAAUAGUCCUACAGCAUCUCCAAGUUUUGAUUAUGCAGGCGGUCAUUAUGGAGUUGGUGGUACGGAUGGUGGAAAUCCGGGUUGGUGGUGUGCAAUUGAGAAAGAUGGUACCUAUGAUUGUUACGCACAGUUUAAGUGUUAG